UCUGUUUUGUUUAUGGCAGCUUUGAUUUUGGACCAUCAAAAGCCCAACUUGAAGCAUUUCUGUAAAAUCUGCAAAAAGGGAUUCGGUUGUGGCAGAGCCCUUGGAGGUCACAUGAGGGCUCACGGCAUUGUUGCCGACGACUCACCUACUCCUUCCAACCAUAACAAUAUUUUUGACGACGACGAUCCCGAUCCCGAUCCCGAUCCCGAUCCUGACUCUCUUCAUCAUUCUUGGGACCAUCAUAACAAUAAUAAUAAUAAACCCAUUAACCGUCGCAUGUACGCCCUUCGUACUAACCCCAAUCGUCUCAAGACUUGCCGCGUUUGCCACAAUUGCGGCAAGGACUUCUUCUCUUGGAAAUCCUUCCUCGAACACGGCAAAUGCUCCACCACCUCCGACGACGACCUCGACGACUCUCUUCUCUCUUCCCCUCCUUGCUCCGACGAUGACGCCUAUGACGAUGAAGACGAAUGCACCGCCACCCUCCGCAGACCCUCCGCCAGUAACAGCAACAACAACAAUAAUAAUUGGUCCAAGCGUAAGAGAUCGUUGAGAGUGAAGGUUGGCUCCCCGGCCUCCAACGAAGAGGAGGACCUUGCAAAUUGUUUAAUGAUGCUGUCGAAUGGGCGGGUGGUGGAGCCUAUGUUGGUUGAGGCCGAGGCAGAGGGAGACGCAGACGCCGAGGAAUCUUGCGCUUCCGCCAGUAAGGAGGAUCAUCAUCUCCUUCUUCUUCAGCAGCAGCAAGAUCAUAAUCAUCAUAGAAAUUAUAAUUACAAUAACAUUAUUAGGAAACCAAUAAACUUCAUUCCUCCACUAUCCUACAGACUUCCAGAUACGGAGGAAGACAACAAUAACAACAAGGCGAAAGGAACAGUGGUGGGCGGCGGGAAGGGAAUGUUCGAAUGCAAAGCAUGCAAGAAAGUAUUCAAUUCCCAUCAGGCCUUGGGAGGCCAUCGAGCUAGCCACAAAAAAGUCAAGGGUUGCUUUGCCGCACGCCUUGAUCAUAUGGACAUUGACACUCGUGAAAAUGACGACGUUUAUGAGGACUCUCUUUUCCCCACUAAACCCAACCACAAAUCCUCCUCCUCCUCUGCUUUUCAUUACGAAAACCCCAUGGCCUCUGCUUCCAAGAGGAAGACCAAAGUGCACGAAUGCUCCAUUUGCCACCGAAUUUUCUCUUCCGGACAGGCAUUGGGUGGUCACAAACGUUGCCAUUGGAUCACCUCCAAUGCUGCCGCCGCCGCAGCUGCAGCCGCAGCCGAGGCCCCCAAGUUUCACGAUAAAAGGGUAGUGGCUCCUCCUCCGGCUAAUUUCGAUACAAUUACAGCAAAUUCAGCACUGGUACUCCCAUUGGACCUGAAGUUGGAUCUGAACCUCCCUGCCCCCGCGGACGAGGUACGAAAACCGGCGAUGGAUGUGUCGACGGAGAUUCACUUGCAGUCGUGGGUGUGUAGUAAAAAGAACAAGGUGGAGAAAAAUGAAUGUGAAGAAGAAGAAGAAGAGCAGAAAGAUAAAAAAAUGAUGAGGAAAAAUGAAGAAGAAAAGAAAAUUGUGAAUAAUGAGAGUGUGGAGGAAGAAGCAGAGAGUAAAGUGAAAUUAGCAAAACUUAGUGAGCUAAAGGAUAUGAACAUGAGUGCAGGGAAUUCUUCGCCAUGGUUGCAGGUGGGGAUUGCUUCAACAACUCAUGUCGUCACACCUGAUCCUUGAUACAUACACACACACACACAUAUAUAUAAAUCCCUUUUCUUUUCUUUUUUUCUUCACAUUCUUUCAUUGUAAUGUGCAUUUUUGUAUAACAGUAAAUCAUACCAAAUUAAUUACAAAUAGAGGACAUCAUAAAUUUAAAUGAUAUUCAAUA